UUGUAGAAACUUAGGUUAAAAUAUUCCCAACCUUCAAACAAUUAUCAGGGGAAGUUAUCAGUAAAAAUAUUGCUUUUUAAAGCCGCACUCUAAGUGGUUUAGCAUAAGUUAUUUCCAUAACUUCCGCACGGCAAUAUGUCUAUAAUAGUGUUGUUUCCCAUUCUGUUGUUUAUCGCAGCAGGUAAUGCACAAGCAACAAAUAGCAUAAAUACAACAGUAACACCAGUGGAAAGAUGCGGACCAAACCAGUACUGGAACAACUGCCCAGAUGGUUGUGCUCCCAAACCUACUUGUGACAAUCUAAACUACACACAGCCAGGAGGAGCUAUAUGCCAUGAACCAAUAUGCAGACCCAAUUGCACCUGCAUUAAAGGGUAUGUCUGGUUUAAGGGCGAAUGCAUAAGGCGAACGCAAUGUCCAAAUUACGAUCCAGAGCUAAAUUCUUGUGGAAUAGGAGGAUUUGAAGACAAUUGUGCUACAGCAUGCCAGUUGGUCGAAAGAUGUGUCCCUGAAAUUCUAGGCAUAGGACCCGUCAUAAUAUGUACCCCACGAUGCAUUAAAGAAUGCAGGUGCUAUCCUGGAUAUGUAUUAUUUGAGGGUCGCUGUAUCACAUGGUCGGAUUGUUAUAGAAAGUUUCGACCAACACAUUUUCAUACCACAACGGUCGAAACUACAGAAGUCGCAUAAAGAUGCGCGCUGACGUCUAUUCAAAGAAAACUGUAAACACUAAUAAAUAAAAAGUAUUAUGCUAA